AUGGCCACAGCAACCCCAGCCGCUUCCAAGAGCAAAGCGCCGAUCGCGCGUUCAAUCAGCCUGUCAGAGAUGCCGAAGACAGAAAUUGAAGUGUUCAGAUACAGCCGCAAGAAGUGGCCAAGUCUGUCCUCGCCGGAUCCAGACAAUGGCAAGGUCGAGAAGCAGCCUGGCCCAAACCCUCCAGCAUCGCUGCACGCCACGACCAGUGCCUCCCCGCAGUCACGGUUCAGCCAUGGCGAAGACCGAGAGAAUAGCUCGACACCCGGUCAACAAACGAAUAGUCCCGCGAAAGUGAAGGCGCCCGUGAGCCUGGACCGACUUUCAGCGACGGAUCCCGAAGCCUACAACCAGAGGAUCUCGUCUGCGGGACUGACACAGGAGAUCAUUGACAACUUCAGCCCUGAGAUCAUUCUUGAGAGUUCUACCUCUGCACUUCCUGGUGGCGUAGGUAGUUCUCAAGGGGAGUUAGGAACAUGUCAGGAUGACAUUACCAUGGAACAGCUCCUGGGCCUCGAAUUACCUUCCAAACGGGUGACGGACUAUUUCCUCAACAACUACCUCGACGCUGUUCAUUGGUUCAUGAUGAUUUUCCACGAGCCAACUUUCCGAUCCUCCUACGAGAGGCUGAUGGCAUCGAGGAGAUUUCCGCGGACCAAGUCAAACCAGGUGAUCUUCAUCCUGUUGGUCCUGUCCAUGGGCGCACAUUAUGCCUCGGACGAGGAUGUACGACAGAAGUUUCCUACCUUCCAAUUGGAAACAUUCCGAAAGCUAUCCCUCAAGAAGGUCGAAGACAGCAUGCACUCUGUGUACGAUGCGGCGGAACUCGAGUCUGUCCAAGUGUGUACUCUUCUCGCCUCGUAUUAUGUCUACUACGGUCGCCCCAACCUUGCAUUUGUGGUGCUGGGUGCUGGAAUGAGAUGUGCACAACUCAUGCUGCUCCAUAGAGAGUCGGCCUGGCGAGGGUUGUCAGAAAUUGCGAAAGAGGAGCGCAGACGGGUCUUCUGGGCUCUGUUCAUCUUUGAUCGGUUUGCAGCUACAAUAUUUGGCCGGCCCUGUGGGAUUCCAAUUGGCGAAAUUGACAUCAAGAUCCCAGAGAAUAUCGGCGACACCACUGUGCAACACCCGUCAUUCCGGUCAACCGCGACCAUGCCGGACGGCACCGUGGAACCGGUCACCACGUUUGCCUACCUCAAGUACAAGAUCAAGUUGUACCAGAUAUCUUCGCCUAUCAUCGGCGACUUAUAUUUUCAUCGAAGUUCGAGUGUAUCCGAAUUGGCGCUCAAAGUCUAUCGAAUCAACAAAGAACUGUCCACCUUCUUCGCCUCUCUGCCGCCGGAGCUGAAGUUGGAAGACCUAUGUCGGAACAAUGCAGAACCCCUGACGGCCAACACCAGACCCUUUUUCCUCCAAGCACUGGCCCUUCAAAUUGCAUACGACAAUGUCCAGAUCCUUCUACACCGACCGUUAUUGUCUCAAGAUCUGCGAAACUUCAAGUCAGACGCAGCGACGUCCGGCUCCCAACGUUCGAGGUACUCCUCCGGGCAGAUCGACUUUGGCAGCGAUGUCAAACUGUCGCAUCGUCAUGUACAUGAGAUCCUGCUUGCCAGCAGAGAUAACUGUUGGGAAUCUGCCAUCCGGUCUUCGAAACUUGGCGAGUACCGCCAGUGCUUGAUUUCAGCACGGGAUAGUCACGCCGCAGCAUUUCUCGGCAUCAAUCUUUUCACGGCUGGCAUGGUCCUGUGCGUCGUGGCCCUCUCACGGCCGCUGUCGUCGGAGGCGCAAAUGGCCAAACAGGCCGUUGCUCGGAUCAUGUCCCUCUCGCGGUUCUUGUCGGGAAGAGCCCUCCUCUCUGCGCAGACAUCAAAGAUUCUCAAGGAUCUCAUUCGGCUAAUUGGGGAAAGAGAAAUCAAAGCGAUGCUUUCGGGAUCGGACACCUCUCAAAGCAUGGCAAGUUUAUCCGGGAUAAGACCUAGAGAAGCUGCAGGCUCCUCCAAUGCAACUCCUGGUCCUGCCUUUGGGGAUCCGGAAUACCCUGAUGAAGUCGCCGCAAAUCCAACUACGACACGGAUCGAUGACGGAUCCGUUCCCGUGACGAUAGAUCAAUUUGAGACAACCAUGGACGAUUUUGACUUUUCUGGCUUCGAGAAUAUAGAUUUCAACAAUGGUUUACUGAUCAUGCAGCAAGCAAUGUUCCCGGAAGUACCUGCGCCAGAUCCAGAGAGACCGAAUGAUGACAGAACAAACCAGAACGUGGCCCAAUACGGCGCAGACAAUUCUUAUAUCAACCAAACGGCGGGGAAUGAUGUGGGUCUCUUAGGUGCAGACCUCAACAUGAUGAAUACCGUUGGGCAGACCUGGCUUUGGGACUCUGUUGCAUGGUGA